AUGUCGGAGCCGGUGCGGAGCGCGCCGGGGUCCCUGCCCCUCAGCCGCCUGGCGGAGCCGCUGCUCCGGAGGCUCAGCGAGCUGCUGGACCGGGCAGAGCCCGGCAAGGGCUGGCGGGACCUGGCGCAGCGAGCGGGGAGCCGCGGCAGGGUCCGGCUGAGCCCGCUGGAUUUAGAGCAAUGUUCCCUCAAAGUGCUGGAGCCAGAAGGAAGUCCCAGCUGGAGUCUUCUGAAACUACUGGGAGAUCGGGGUUGCACUGUGGUAGAACUGGUGGAGUUCUUGCAGGCCCUGGAGCAUACAGAGGCUCUCCAGUGUCUCAGCCAUUCAGGUAUAAAGAUUGUUGUACAGCCAGACUCUCAAGCAGUGCUCUCUGGUCAGGUCGUCAAGCUGUGUUGUUGGGCAACAGGACACCCAUUUGUGCAUUACCAGUGGUUCAAACAGGAAAAAGAGGUUCCCCAUGGUAAUUCUCCAGAGCUGGUUUUGAAUCCAGUGAAUGUAAACGAUUCUGGCUUUUACAUCUGUCGAGUGAACAGUGAAUCUUCCUUUGUGUUCAGUCGGUGGGCACGACUUGAAGUUUGUGAUCUCCAGGGUACGUCUAAUGGGAGCUUAAUUGGUUUGCCUGAAAACAAGUUGCGCAUUUGUAUUCAGCCUCAGUCACAAAACCUGACAGUGGGGGAUGCUUUGGUACUAGAAUGUGGAGCUGUUGGAAACCCAAUUCCUCAUUACCAGUGGUUCAGAAAUGGAUUUCCAUUGGCAAAUGGGAGCAAAAAUGUCUACGUGGUAACUUACGUGGAUAUGGAACAUCAAGGGACAUACUGGUGUCACGUAUUCAAUGACCGGGAAGAUCAAGACAGCAAGAAGAUAGAAGUUGUUAUAGGAAGGAAAGCUAUGGCAGUGGAGUGCACAGAAGAAGAUCUAAGUGAUCUUCAAAAACCAGCAGACGUACAAGAACAAUCAAAUCGCAGACCUGUUGCAACAGACAAGGUAGCUCUGUUAAUAGGAAAUAUGAGCUACUGGAAUCACCCGCAACUCAAGGCUCCUAUGGUAGAUGUCUAUGAAUUGACAAAUUUGCUAAGACAGCUGGAUUUCAAAGUUGUUUCUUUGCUGGAUCUUACUGAGUCCGAGAUGCGAAAUGCAGUGGAUGAAUUUUUACUUCUCCUGGACAAAGGAGUAUAUGGUUUGUUAUACUAUGCUGGCCAUGGCUAUGAAAACUAUGGAAACAGUUUCAUGGUUCCUAUUGAUGCUCCAAAUCCCUACCGAUCUGCAAACUGUCUGUGUGUGCAGAACAUCCUCAAACUAAUGCAGGAAAAAGAGACGGGACUUAAUGUAUUCCUACUGGAUAUGUGUCGGAAAAGGAAUGAAUAUGAUGACACGAUUCUUAUCUUAGAUGCUCUGAAGGUUACGGCCAACAUUGUUUUUGGAUAUGCAACGUGCCAAGGAGCAGAAGCUUUUGAAAUUCAGCAGUCGGGGUUGGCCAAUGGAAUCUUCAUGAAGUUCUUGAAGGACCGUUUGUUAGAAGACAAGAAGAUUACUGUACUGCUUGAUGAGGUUGCAGAAGAUAUGGGCAAGUGUCACCUUACCAAAGGCAAGCAAGCUUUGGAGAUCCGCAGCAGUUUGUCUGAGAAAAGGGCAUUAACAGAUCCCAUUCAACAAACCGUAUCUUCUGCAGAGUCUCUGGCACGGAACCUACAGUGGGCCAAAGCUCAUGAGCUUCCAGAAAGUAUGUAUCUUGAAUUCAAAUGUGGUGUUCAGAUUCAGUUGGGGUUUGCAGCCGAAUUUUCCAAUGUCAUGAUAAUCUACACACGAAUAGUAAAGCAGCCACCUGAAAUAGAAGUUUGCAGAGCCUACAUUACAGACUUCGCGCUCGACCUGGAUGUGGACCCUAAAGAGACCAAUAAAGGAACUCCUGAGGAAACCGGAAGCUAUUUACUAUCAAAGGACCUUCCCAAACACUGCCUCUACACCAGGCUAAGUUCACUGCAAAAACUAAGGGAACACUUGAUCUUCACUGUUUGCUUGCACUAUGAGUAUCCAGGAAUAGAAGAUACAAUGGAUGAAAGAAAGGAAGUUAAUGUUGGGAAGCCCCUUAUUGCUAAAUUAGGCCUUCAUCAUGGAUUCAAAAAUAAUAACUGUCUCCAGACCUGUUGCAUGGCUAAUAAUCCUUUUCAUAAUCAAAUAGAAUCAAGUGCAGUGGCAACUAAAUACUACGUACCUAGUCAUUGCCAACCAAAUUCCUGUCCAGGCAUUUAUCAUCCAAACCGUAUUUGCUCAGACAGUAUCAGACAACCAGAGGCAUGUUCUUGCAAUGGGACUUCAAGGAUAUUAGCUUCAAGACAUGAAGUACGGAAUUACUCACCCCCCGUGGAAAAGAGUAAUGUACCAGUAGAGACCACUGAUGAUACUGUUGAACUGGAAUUCCUUCUCUCUGACAGCCUCAGAUUCUCUAAACAGCAAUAGCUGUGAUGUGUUCAGAAUAGACCAUGGUAUCAUCCUUGACUAGUGGACCUUCCACACACAGUUUAUCCAUCUCUGUGAGUUUGGGGGCUUCAGGACAAAGGAACUGGAGAGCCUAGAGGUGGUACUGGGAAUGAGGUUGUGAUGAAAAUUUUUCAGAUCCAAAGAGAUAAAACUGGGCUGAUAAAUUUAGGAACAAAAAAGGCAUGAUUUUUUUUUAUUAUUAUUUUUUCCUCCUACCAUUUGACGUUUGAUACAGGGAAAAACCUAAACUCCUCAGACUUUCCUAUUCCAUUCUCUGGCAGUCAAACAGCUAACAAACAGAGGCAAUCAUGCAUUUCUGGGAGGAUGCUGCCUAUCUCUGUAGGUGAUGAAUGCGUAAAAGCCUGGCUGUUGUGUCAGAGCUUCUCUUGAGAUAGUAAAGCCUUGCAUUUUCCCAGCUGCUUCUCCAGUACCAACUGGAGUUACAAGAUUUACUGUAAAUAUAUGUUUCAUAAAUCUUAUGUUUUCAGAGAGGAAUUGCUCAUCCUACACAAAAACAAGAUAAACACGUAUAUCUGUCAGAGGAAAAAGUGUUGACAGAAUUAAGCAGGAAAAUUAACUUCCAUGUCCUCUAUGAUUUAACAUGGUUUUUAAAAAAUCCAUUAGGCCCAAAAUGAUAAAUAUACCUUUCUCUCUUCCAUCUUUCAGUUUCAGUUGUUCAAUAGCCAGGGAUUUCUUUUUACAUACUGCAUUAAAAUAAGGUUUUAUGUGUUUAUAUAUGUUGUAAACAGCCUCCUAUUGAGUAUAUAAGAUGACACAUAACAUAAAUGAACUGAGCAAAGAGGGAGCUUUUACAGAAGUGAAGAUACUGUGUUUUAAUAUUCCAGUGUUAAUGUCUCCUUCAAGCCUCAGUUUCUUUCCUUCCUCAUGUAUGUAUUAGGAUCAGUCAUUGACAUUCCAGUCCCUUGGUUGUAGCUAAUAAUGAGCUUUGCGUUCUCUCUCAUGGUCAGAUGUCCAUUGUCUGGCAGUAACUGACAGAUGGAUGAAGAGCUGUGCGAGAAAAACAAAACCUGAACUGAGCUAGUAAACUAAUGUUAUCAUUUUUUCUUCUUUUUUCCCUUUUUUCUUUUCUUUUUUUUUAAGAGAACUAGAUUACAACUCAUCGGAGCAGAGUCACAGAUUCCUACUUUCUUGUUAUGAUAAUCUUUUUCUUAUGUAACACACGUUAAGACGUUUACUGAUCUGAUUUCUGGAAAGGCGGUCUUUUAAUGUUCUGCAAGAACACUAAAUGGAAAUGUGAGGGGAAAAGUGCCUGUUCAUAGCAAGCAAAGUAUUGUAUAGUUAGUCACACAGUAAGAUCUGCUGAAGGCUAAAAAUUAAUGGGAAAAUUGAGUGAAAACUUUGGGGUUCUUCAGGCUGAAGUACUGGGAUGGUUCUUUCCUGUGGUCAUUUUAAAAAACAAACAAACAAAAAACCCUACUCAGUUGUUUUCCAGGCCAAAUGAAUUUAUAUUCAUUCAAAUGAGAAUGCUAACAGUCUACCCUAAAACUGAAAAUCCAAGAUAAAGAUGCCUAGUCUUCCAGGUCCUUUAGCCUCUGAACCCCAGAAUUUCACAGUUAGAGGUGGAUUCAGGCACCUUCAGAAGACAGUUGAUCCUCUACUGACAGGCAAAUGAGCUACUUUCAUAUGAUGCUUUAUUGCCAAACCUUUUAGAUGGUGCCAAGUUUUUUGAUCUGUGUUUGGGAAAGGGCAGUUUUGCUCACCAAACUGUUCUGCAUAUUCAGGUUGAAUAGUUUGGUCAAAAAAGACACUUUUUUUUUUUUUAAUGUUUGGUUUUGUUUCAAAAUACUGAAGAAUCUGUGACUCGCCUAUGUGUAUCUGGGUACAAGUUUGAGAACACUGAUGUUUUGUUAGGUCUUAAAAAGUCUUGAUGCUUUGAAAGCAUGGAAAUAUCGGGGUGCAUGGUAAUUAAAAUUCAAGGGAAUUUUCAGAUGUGGGUAGUAGCCUUUCCUGCCCAGGUAAUAUUGAUAAGCAGUAUUGCUUUAAUCAAGAUCCCCAUCAUGAAAUAACUUCUUACUUAAUAAAAAGUGCUACGAUCAUUUUUCUAAAGGAGGUAGCAAAAAAUAAAAUAAUUGUAUCUCAUUGACAUGGUGGACAAACCAGUUUAAAUCUUCAGUGAGAUCCACCCUUCUGGUGGGAUCUGGUAGUCUUACAACACAUUGGCUGGGCACGGACGGAGGUGCUGUGUGUGGUCAUAACAAGUUUCAGAUGGAAAUGUUAACGCAUCAUUAACUACAUCUGUUGAUCUUCAAAUUCAUCUCUGCUGAAAGGUGGAUAUCUGCACGUGGAUUUUAAUGUAGUUAUUUUCAAAAUAACAGCUAUGCUUGAAGUAACCUGUAAAUGAGCUUGAGUUUCUGACUUUCUCUUUUGGAGGGUAUUAAGUAGUGACAUAUUUAUUGAUGAAUGAGAUGAACCUGUGCAUUAUUUAUCCUGGAUAAUUGACUUAAAAAUUAUAGCUUGAGACACGGUCUAGUACUGUAAUAUUUAGCUGAUACUUUGUCACUGUUUUCUACUUUGUAUAAAAGCUUAUUCUGUUUCUUACCCUGUAAUAAACAAUUGUCCACAAAACGA